CACUGAUAUUUAAGGCUCUUCUGUGCAUCGAGACGUACUCGGCUCCAAAACUACAAGUAUGUUCCUCACCGCAUCUCUGCAAUGAAGACGCCGCUGGCAGCAUGGCACUGGUGUUCAGCUCUUGGUCGGCCGACCUGGCCGUCGUCUUGGUCACGUGUCUGACCGCGCUGUACCUCUACUUCACCCGCUCCUUCUCGUACUGGAGGAAGCGGGGCUGCCCCUGCAUGCCGCCGACAGUGCUGGUGGGCAGCACGGGCCGCGCCAUCCUGCAGCUGGAGACGGUGGACGAGUGCCUCAAGAGGGUGUACGACGGCAAGCCGGACCAGCCCGUCGUGGGGCUGUACGCCAAGCAGCGACCCUUCCUCAUGGUCCGCAGCCUGGACGUGGUGAGGAGCGUCAUGGUGAAGGACGCCGCUUACUUCCUGGACAGGUCCAUGGGUUCUUCCUCGGACAAGAAUGCCGACCUGGCGUCCAGGACCCUCUUCAUGCUGAAGGGCAAGAAGUGGAGGCACAUGAGGGUCAAGCUCACCCCCACCUUCACCUCCGGCAAGAUCAAGAAGAUGUUCUACCUCAUCAACGAGUGCGGCAAGGAGUUGCUGAACUGCAUCGACCACGAGAUGUCCAGAGACAAGUCCGUCAACGUCAAGGAGACGGUGGCCAGGUAUUCCACCGACGUGAUCGCCUCCUGCGCCUUCGGGGUGAACGCCAACUCGCUCGCCGACCCGGACAGCGAGUUCCAGGUCACCAUGAGGAAGGUGUUCGACUUCAUGAACGCGAGCAGGAUCGUGAAGAUAAUCGCGGAGCUGGCCCCGUGGCUGCUCCAGCUCUUGCCCUCUAUGCCCCGGUCGGACGCCGUCGGGAGCUUCGUCCGCAAGACGUUCUGGAAUGUGGUGGAGCACCGCAAGAAGCACGGCGUGAUCCGCAAGGACUUCGUCGACAUCCUCAUGCAGAUAAAGAACGAGGGACGAGUGCGGGUCGACGACGCCAAAGAACAGGAGGAGAUAAAGGAGGACAGCAGAUACAUGGACACGGACACCCCAAAAACUGGCAAGACUGAUAUAAAACUGGUGGAUGACGACUUCGUGGCGCAGGCCUUCAUCUUCAUAAUAGCCGGCUUCGAAACCUCCUCCUCUGUGGUGUCGUUCGCCCUGUACGAGCUGGCGAUGAGCCCUGGCAUCCAGGACCGAAUGCGGAGAGAGAUACAAGACGUACUCCAGAAGCACGACUCCGAAGUGACGUACGAGGCCAUAGCGGAGAUGACGUACCUGGACAUGGUCAUGAUGGAAACAAUACGCAAGUACCCAACCGUGCCCCAGCUGGAGAGGAAGUGUCUGCAGGACUACAAGAUCCCGGGGACGGAGAUCGUCGUGGAGAAAGGCACCAGCGUCAUGAUCCCGGUGCUGGGAAUUCACCGCGACAAGGACAUAUGCCCGGAGCCAGAGCGGUUCGACCCUGAACGGUUCACUCCCGAGAACAAGAGCAAGAGGCACCAUUUCGCGCACCUCCCGUUCGGCGAAGGACCGAGGAUAUGCAUUGGCAUGAGGUUCGGCCAGAUGCAGGUGAAGACGGCGCUGGUGCACAUCCUGACCACCUACCAGGUGCGGCGUUGCGCCCAGACGCCUGUGCCGCCGAAGAAGACGCCCUCGGGGGUCUCCGUGGUCGCCCUGAAGGACAUCGCCCUGGCCUUCCACAAGAUCACGUGA